GCUCUCCUUGUGUCGCUCGUGUCGCUCGCUUGUGUCGCUCGCGCGUCGUGCUCUAGGCUUGAGGGUUUCGGACCCGAGAGCCGCCGUGGAUGAAGCUCAAGCGCUUCUUGCUGCGCUACUACCCGCCUGGCAUCCUCCUCGAGUAUGAGCAGGCAGGCGAGCUAAAGACCAAGUCUGUUGACCUUCUCAAUCUCACUCCCGAGAGCGACGUUGAGGUGCUCGUCAAUCAAAUCGUGCGGCAGGAGGCGCUCAUAUCCGACGCGCGUAAGCCGCAGCUGCGCAAGCUUGUGUACAAACUCAUCGAGAAGCAGGAGGCGCACGAGACCGAGGCCUUCUACCUGUUCAAGAUUCUGCGCGCGCACAUCCUCCCGUUGACCAACUGCGCAUUCAACAAGUCGGGCGAUCGCUUCAUCACCGGCUCGUACGACCGCACGUGCAAGGUGUGGAACACGCUGACGGGCGAGGAGCUGCUCACGCUCGAGGGCCACAAGAAUGUGGUCUACGCGAUCGCCUUCAACAACCCGUUCGGUGACAAGAUUGUCACGGGCUCGUUUGACAAGACGGCGAAGCUGUGGGACGCCAACACGGGAGAGCUGCUGCACACCCUCCGCGGGCACACCACGGAGAUCGUCUGCCUCGCCUUCGACCCGACCGGCGCCGUCGUCGCGACCGGCUCGAUGGACUCGACGGCGAAGCUGUGGUCGGUCGAGCGCGGCGUGGAGCUCUGCUCGCUCAACGGCCACACGGCAGAGAUCGUGUCGCUCAACUUCAACAACGACGGCGACAAGGUGAUCACCGGCUCCUUCGACCACACCACCAAGGUCUGGGACGUGGCCACCGGGGAGUGCCUGCACACCCUCGCCGGCCACCGCGGCGAGAUCUCGUCGACGCAAUUCGACUUUACGGGCGAGCUCUGCAUCUCGGGCUCGAUCGACCGGACGUGCAAGCUGUGGAACGUCGCGACGGGUCAGUGCAUCAACACGCUCCGCGGCCACAACGACGAGAUCCUCGACGUGGCCUUCAACGCGACGGGCACCAGGCUGGUGACUGCCUCUGCGGACGGGACGGCGCGGGUGUACAACACGAUGACGGGCGCGUGCCAGGCGAUCCUGAUCGGGCACGAGGGCGAGAUCUCAAAGGUGGGCUUCAACCCGCCCGGCAACAAGAUCAUCACCGCCUCGAGCGACCGGACGUGCCGCGUGUGGGACGUCGAGAAUGGCGACAACCUGCAGGUGCUCGAGGGGCACACCGACGAGAUCUUCUCGGCUGCAUUCAACUACGAGGGCGACACAAUAAUCACGGGCUCCAAAGACAACACAUGCCGCGUGUGGAAAUGCUAGUGGAUAUAGAGACGAGUAGUAGUGUAGAUGGCAUCGCAUCUCCGACAGUGAGUUGGUCUUCUCGCUGUAUCGCGAACAUCGUGACGCGCAAUUGUUGUGCUGUCUGCGGGUAUUUAUUGCGUAAAAUGCACCCUCUUUAUUAAAG